UUCCAACUAACUUAAAUCAAAUCAAAACACCACGUCCCCGGAGGAUUAAAUAUUUUUCCCUCGUUUAUAGGUAUUGCUAACAAACUCACUCAGAAGAUAAAAUUGAAAACCAUACAUAUAUAUAUACAUGCAACCUAACAAAUAUUUGACAAGAAGAAAACCUAACCAUCUCCUGAAAGACAAACCUUGAAAGAUUCACCAGGAAUUCUUCUCUCUCCCUCUCCUCUCUCUCUCUCUCUUUCCCUGUAUAUAUAUCCUUUUGUCAUAGAUAUAGUAGGUAGAGAGAGAGGAGGAGGAAUAAUGGUGGGGCAAUCAAGGAAAUGGAUGAUAUUGGUGGCGAGUACAUGGAUACAGGCGUUUACGGGGACAAACUUCGACUUCUCAUCAUACUCAUCGGAUUUGAAAUCGGUUUUGGGGAUUUCACAGCUACAACUCAACUACCUAUCAGUGGCGUCGGAUAUGGGAAAGGCCUUCGGGUGGUGUUCAGGGGUGUCUCUCUUGUAUUUCCCUUUGUGGGUUGUCUUGUUCAUCGCUGCUUUCAUCGGUCUCAUUGGUUAUGGUCUUCAAUGGCUUGUCAUUCAGAGACUCAUCACCUUGCCUUAUUUCCUGGUUUUUGUUCUUUGCUUGCUGGCUGGUUGUAGCAUCUGUUGGUUCAACACAGUCUGCUACGUUUUGUGCAUCAAAAACUUCUCAGCCAACCGGCCACUGGCGUUGGCCCUCAGCAUCAGCUACAACGGCGUAAGCGCCGCUCUCUACAACCUCAUCGCAAACGCCAUAAACUCGAGUGAAGACACCCUCUACCUUCUUCUCAAUGCCCUCGUCCCCCUCAUCACCUCCGUCGCUGCUCUCACCCCGCUCCUCCGGCAACCCCCUAUCCAAUCCCUUCCAGCCGAUGCCGUUAGCCGUGACUCCCUCAUAUUCAUCUACCUCAACAUCCUAGCAGUCUUCACCGGCCUCUAUCUCCUCCUCCUAAACUCACUGUCAUCUAACGCAAUAACCGCUCGUAUCCUCUUAGCCGGUGCCAUAUUUCUUCUAGUUAUCCCCUUGGGUACCCCCGGCAUCAUCUAUGCUAGGGAUUGGGCUCGUCGAACGAUCCACUCUAGCUUCCGGUUCGAAGGCUCAAGAUUCAAUUUGGUUGAUGUUGAUGACCUUGAACUCCACAAAGAACUCAUCGGAAGUGGGACUUCGAGCGCUGAUGGCACUACCUUCAAUGGUAAUAAUGCACUCGGUUUAAGAGAGAAAAGAGGGUGUUGUUUUGAUUUGAUUGAGAAGGAUCAGUUGACGGUGCUCGGUGAGGAACAUCCGGCCAAGUGGGUAGUACGUCGGAGGGAUUUCUGGCUAUACUACCUAGCUUAUUUCUGCGGUGGAACAAUCGGGCUGGUUUACAGCAAUAAUCUAGGGCAGAUUUCACAGUCACUUGGAUACAGUUCGCAGACUAGCUCCAUUGUCACACUCUACUCUGCAUGCUCGUUCUUUGGUCGCUUGUUUUCAGCUGCGCCGGACUUCCUACGUGACAAGGUGUACUUUGCGAGGACCGGGUGGUUCAUGCUUGCACUUGUGCCAACACCAAUCGCCUUCCUUCUUCUUUCUCUAUCAGGCAGCAAGACCGCUUUAGUUGCCGCCACUGCCAUGAUUGGGCUUAGCUCAGGGUUUGUAUUUGCAGCAGCCGUGUCGAUCACAUCAGAGCUAUUUGGACCAAACAGUGCUGGGGUCAACCACAACAUUCUCAUAACCAACAUCCCACUCGGUUCAAUCCUCUACGGUCUAGUCGCAGCUCUGGUCUACGAUGCAAACAUAGAUAGCUCAAACCAGGUGGUUCUAAUGGGGGAAUCAAUGGUGUGUAUGGGAAGAGAAUGCUAUUUCGACACAUUUGUAUUGUGGGGUUGCAUGUCUUUGUUGGGCCUAGCUUCGAGCUUCUUGCUUUUCCUAAGAACCAAGCACGCCUACGAUCGCCUUGAGAGGACACGAAAUCAGACCUAAUUCUCCUAGUUGAUGACUUGGUCCUAUCCUGAUGGGAACCGAUUUGGGGGAUUUAAGCUUGAAAAUGGAUUAGGGUAUUAGUGAGAAUGUAAGUGGUGUGAAAAAAAGCUUAUACAAAUGAGAUUCAAUAGACAGAAACAUAUACUUCAGGAGAUGAGAAAAGGUUUUCGAGAAUCCCACCUUCAAGAUUGUAAAAUUGAAGGCAACAGGGGAGGGUUGCCCCUUGUGUAGCCCAUUUUAUGAACUUCACAAUGUAAAGAGGCACCAAAAAGAAAACAAACAUAAAGAAAGAGAAAAGGAGCUUGAACUUCCAAUCUAGCAUGAGUUUAACAAAUAA